UUAAAAAAUUGAAAUUCUACACUUAAACAAAUUUCUUUUCUUUAAGUUUCCACUUUAACAACAAGCACAGCGUACCUAAAACAAAGUGUCAUUUCGGGCAAUAUUCAAUUAUUUAAAGAAUGAUUCAAUAAUAUAAUGCACACUUGGCGUAUAAUCAUUGAAUUUAUUAUAAAUUCUUUAUUAUAAAUUCGAUGGUAUAAUUUACUAAUUCCCAUAGUAGAUAUUUAACUGUAAAGUAGACACGGCGCACUGUUUUUGACCUCUCCCGCCCUUGCCUUCUAACCGUUACUUUAACCACUGCAGUUUUAACCCUCGCUAAUCUUUUAUCAGCUGUAUUUUUGUUAUUAACUAUUAAGAUGAGCAAUUUAAACAUAGAAUAUUGUUGCACAUGCUUAAAAGUGUGUUCCGAGCAAGACAAGUUCUUAAGUUUAGGUUUCUUUUCAUCACAGCAGGUUACGUACAGGAAAAAGUUAAAAUUUUGUGUACCAGAAAUGGGGCCCGAAAUCGACGUCGACUCGUACAUGUGUAAACCCUGCUCGAUUGCGCUCGAACAGGCGUAUACUUUUCGAUGUAUGUGCAUACGUACGGAGGGUAUGCUGAAUUCGUUUCGAGUUAAAGGCAAUUUGAAGGACGGGAACGGUAUUAAAAAGGAUCUCAUACAGCUUUUGCUGACGCAGAACAAUACAGAUUUGUUGCCCAAAUUAAAUAGGUCGUUGAGUAAUUCGCAUUCUGUGGUUAACAUAGAUGAGCAUAAUAGUGUCGAAAUUAUACGCGAGCUUGGAAGUUUGUUGUCGGAAAGUCUCUCCAACACUAAGAAUGAAAUAGAAAUAUCACGCCUCUCCCGCCCUAAGAACGAAAUAGAUUUGUCACGGCUCUCCAACAGUAAGAAAGAAAUAGAAUUAUUAAGCCUCUCUGAGACUAAGAAGAAAAUAGAAAGUCCAAAUCUGUCAGACAUUGAGCAGAAUAUAGAAUCGACAAGCCUCCCCAGCACUAGGUCAAGAACAGAAACGUCGAGCGUUUCCGACACUAAGAAGAAAAUAGAAACGCCAAGCGUCUCCGACACUAAGAAGCAAAUAGGAACGUCAAGCCUUUCCGGCACUAGGGGAAGAAGAGAAACAUCAAGCCUUCCUGACGUUAAGAGGAGAUUAGAAACGUCAAGUCCUUACAACACGAGACGAAACAUAGAAAGCCCCUCCGUCAUCACCAAGAGGGAAACGGAAACGUCGAAAAUUAAGGUGAAAAAGAGACCCGCCUCCCCUCCGCUUCCUCAGGCGAAACGGCGAUGUUUAACGGAUGACGAAAUAAUAACGCUGUCGUGCAAGACGGAUCCCGAAUUGCGGAACGUGUCCCCUCAAGAAUUGAAGUGUCAGGUGACGCUAGAAAAGUUAACCAUUACCGAAUUACCGGUGAUCAUACCCAGCAGGCCUUCGAACACCCGGGCGAGCAAACAGCAAAAGGAAUUCCCUUGUAAUAAAUGCGGCAAAGUGCUUAAGAAGAAGGAGUAUUACUAUUCGCACAUACUCAAACAUUCGAAUAUACGGGCUUUCAGGUGUAAGCUAUGUCCCUCGGCUUACUUUUCGGCCGAUGCUUUGCGUACGCACAAACGGAGGCAACAUCCCAAUAACGUGCCGCCGACGACGACGGCAAAUGAAGUAAAACCGAAAAUCGAAAGCGCUCAGAAGACCGUCCCGAAACCGAAACCAGUGACGCCGCGUUCCAACAAAAACGCUCGCGGCAAAACGGACGAAGGUCAAGAGGUGUUUAAUUGUCUUUAUUGCGCGUUUCAGACAUCAUCAAAGCCCAUAUUCACUCAACAUGUCACUCUACAUACGGUUAGGGGAAAAUACCCAUGUCCGCAUUGUCGGAAGAAUUUCAUCCCGUUUUGGGGUUUGAGCAAGCAUGUACGCGAAAUGCACGCUAAGACGAACUCUUCUCCACCAAAAAAACAGAUUACGAAAGCGUUACCGAUCAUUAUUAAAUCGGAGCCCGUCACCGAACCGGAACCACAGUGCGAGGAGCCUCCAAAACUACCCGCGUGUGUCAAACAAGAAUCUAAAAAUAUCGAAACAAACCACGACGCUAGCGUACCGCCCGUAAAAAAGAGGAAAAAAUACUUUUGUCCGCAGUGUAACAGCGAAUUUUCCAGUCGCGAUCACGCGAACAUUCACACCGGCGAAAAACCGUACACUUGCGCCAUCUGCUUGAAAAAGUUCGGCGCGUACACAACGCUACGAGUGCAUAGGAAAAUACACGCGAAGAACAGUAGUGCCAACGACGUCCCUACGCCCCCCGUCGUGCACAAAUGCGACAUUUGCAAACAAACAUUUAACAAUUCGUACGACGCAACGUCGCAUACCUGCCAGACGUCGACCGGCGAGUCGGUCUACAGGUGUCAGAUUUGUAAGAAUGCGUAUUUAGGUAGGAACGCUUUGGUGGAUCAUAUGCGUAUGCAUUUGGAGGAAACCGACUAACUGUUUCGAUAUUGUAUUAGUUAUCGUAGUUGUAAGUCAGUAGAUAUUGUGAACGUCAUUGUAGUUUUAAAUAAGACGAUUAUUUUCUCUGAGAGAUCUGCUUUGCACUGUGACAUACCUUACUUCUAUUAAGUUGCUUGUUAUCUGACUGAAAAUGCUCUUGUUAAUUAAGAUGACCGGUGAUAUUCGUUUUUAACGUAUUGGGGUCUGCAGGUGGACAUUUUUUUAAAAAUUGACAUUGUGACAUAGUGUUUAAUCAAUGUUUGUGAUUAAAUUUUAAAUUUUCUUUUCAAAUUUUUUUUGUAAGAACUUGUAUUUUUAGUUUUACAGCUCUCUGUAUAGGUAGUUUAAUUAUAUUAUAUUACUGAUUUCAGUGUUUAAUAUGUUUUUUUAAUCUAUUAU